CCCUUUUUCCUGUUUCUUUCUUUUUUUCUCUCUCUCUCUCUCUCUUUAUUUAUCUUUCUCUUUCUCUCUCUCUCUCUCUCUCUCGAUCGAACUUUCGAACAGAUUUGAAAGAAAGGUUAUCUACUUUGUUCUCGUCAUGUCAUUGCGUAGAAGAACACUGCUCAAGGUUAUCGUCCUCGGGGACAGUGGGGUUGGCAAGACGUCAUUGAUGAACCAAUACGUACAUAAGAAGUUCAGCCAGCAAUAUAAAGCUACCAUUGGGGCUGAUUUUGUCACCAAGGAACUACAAAUUGAUGACAGGCUCGUCACUUUGCAAAUAUGGGAUACUGCCGGGCAGGAGCGAUUUCAAAGUCUUGGUGUUGCCUUUUACAGAGGAGCAGAUUGCUGUGUCUUAGUGUAUGAUGUAAACGUGAUGAGAUCUUUUGAUACUCUUGACAAUUGGCAUGAAGAGUUUCUCAAGCAGGCAAACCCAACUGACCCAAGAACAUUUCCAUUUACAUUACUUGGAAACAAAAUUGAUAUAGAUGGUGGAAAUAGCCGAGUGGUUUCGGAAAAAAAGGCAAGGGAGUGGUGUGCUUCGAAAGGGAACAUACCUUACUAUGAGACAUCUGCGAAGGAGGAUUACAAUGUUGAUACUGCAUUCUUAUGCAUUGCUAAAACUGCUUUAGCCAAUGAGAAUGAGCAGGAUAUGUAAGUUCACAUUGAGGAUUUGGAAAGAAUAUCAAAAGAACUUACUGUCAAAAUCCUAAUUGCUGGCAUUUGACAUGUGGAAAUUUGUUGUUGAUGCAUUUUUUAGCCAUUAAUUCUUCUAAUAGAAUGAAACAUAUAUAGUUGAUAAGAUAUUGAUAUCUGCCUUAUCUAUCAGAGCAUUGAAAUUUGGAGAUAUUGCAAGAAAUUAUUUUGUUUCAUGCUUUAACUUGCUAUUAAGAAUUAUGGCUAGUGAUUAAUGAAACAAUAUUCGUUGUUUUUGUUUGCAGCUUUUCCCUUCAGAAAUUUCUUCUUCAAUAUUCUUCAACUAAUUCAAUGUCUCUCAAACUAUUUUUUGUUUUUUCUGACAUUCUUUGUAAUUAGGAUUGUUUACCAUUCCGGUUAUCGUACUGCUAUUCACUGACGUGCGACCAAACCGUCACAUUUGGAUAUUGAAAGCUUUAAAAGGGGGAAGAUGGGUUUAUUUAAGGAGGUUGAAAUGGAAGGCAAGGGGUUGUCGGUCAAUAUCUGGAAGAAAUGUUUAUAAGAACGGGUAAAAUUCUAUUGAAAAAUUCGUGAAAACGGAGAUGGACAUGACUUGAUGUUAAAUUGUGGAUUCUCAUCCUGAUAAGGGUAUAAAAGUGGUAAAAAUUUGCAGGUAAGGUUGUUAGUGUAGCUGGUCAUGGUGACUCAUUUUUAUUUUUCAUAAUGGUAAGCACAUUUAUGACUUCAAUCUUAUAUGGUGAUAUGUUGACAUAUAUUACCCACAUAACAACUCACAACAGAAUGGACAAAUUUUGAUUGGUUGUGUUAACACCGUAACAACCUGUUUUUUUUUUUUUU